AUGCUUGCUACCUCAGCCCUGGAGGUGGACAGCUUUAACAAUACAACGAGCAGGCCAGAAUCAAUUAAUAUUUCUCCAGAUGCGUCUGAAAAUGUCCUUAAAAUUCUUUUGAUGGGAGUAUCCUGCUUGGGACUAAUCACUAAUUCCAUGAUAGUCAUAGUCCUAUCCCAACUUCGAGGCUCUCAUCCAGUAGGAGGUGGAGAACGUUCGGCCCGAGUCAACCUCCUUGGCCUGGCAAUUGCAGACUUCUGCAUCUGCCUCUCAACACUCCCAUUAAUUUACUCAAAACGGACAUACAAAAGAAAUGACUUUAUGCUCUAUUACACAUUAUUCGGACCGGGCUUAGUCUCCGUGUUUCUCACUGUCAGCGCCUGGAUGGUGGUUCUAGUCUCAAUACUGCGAUAUCUUGCCGUUUUCUGGCCACUGAAGUCACGUUUCUACCUGCGAUGCAAAAGUGUUUUUCACGUCAUCCUAUCCAUCUACUUAGUCGCCUUCAUUUUCAACCUGCCUCUUUUUCUCCGGUACAAUUAUGAAGAGAUAGCGCCGUUUGGUGAAGAAGCUUUGGCCAGUGAUGGUGCGAAGAUUGUGCUAAUCGUUGACCGGAUGUACCCAUAUUCUGAAGUGCUAAAGGAUAUCUACAAUAUUGUGCAUAUUAUCUGUACAAAUGUUGGGCCAUUUAUCGUGGUAUUGGUGACCAACAUUUCGGUCAUCGUGGCCUGCAAAAGAAGUGAAAACAUUCGGGAAAACUUUGGAAGAGAGGAGUUGAAAUUAGCUGGACGGCCCAUCAGUACAUCUGUAAGCACUCCACACAAACAGCCUUUGGAAUCAUCCCAAUCGCAGCAACCUUCAAAUACCGUACCUUCCUUGGUGAUUACGCGGAAACGAAAAGUUCCCCAUCGUCACAGCCUGAGACCCAGGGCUUUUCACAGGGUAACACCUCUCCUGCUUGCCGUAAUUUUUGCAUUUCUGCUUUUGUCCACUCCAUUUGGGAUUGUUCAAUUCGUUUGCCUCAAGCUGAUCGAUAAAAUCGCAGAUCAGAUUAAUGAAAAUCGGCAGCUUGUAAAACAAUACCUCACGCUAAACAGACUGCUUGAGUGGACUAAUUUCUUACAGGUAUUCGGGUGUGCAGUGAACUUUUUCCUCUACUUUGUUGUUUCCCGAACAUUUAGGCAAACAACGAGGCGAACACUCAGAAGAAUAAAAGAGCGGUUAAGAAGGCGAAGGGGAUUUUACCAUUCGUGCGCCUACAUGUGUUCCGUGUGCUGCUGUGAUUGUAAAAGGUCGCGUAAAAAUGAUGCUUACAUUGUGCGCGUCUGCCAUCCCGUUGAGUGCAGGCGCCACCAACAGCGGCCUUUUCUCACAAACCCCUGUGAUCCUAUGCGCUUGUACCUGGGACGUAAUCAAUUACAGCGGUGUCCAGAUGAGCAGACCAAAAAUCGAACUAGUUCAAAUGAACCAGCCAAUCGAAUGGGCAAAGGUUCCGAACGACUCGAAUUAAAGUCAAUUGAAGAUGAAAAUUAA